AUGAAUCAUUGGUUUUCUAAUAUGAAACAUAGAUUUAUGGAUAUAUUUACUUUUAAAAAGAGUGAAAAAGAUUUAAAAAUAGAAAUGAGAAAUACAGGUCAAUUAUCAUUUAAAAAAAAUGAUAUAUCUGGAGGAAGACAAUAUAAUUCUGAUCCAUCAACAAAUAUUGGUCUUGCUGAAGCAUUAAAAAAAGUUUCUAAAAUACCAAAUAAUUAUUAUACUCUUCCUAAGAACAUUCCAACAUCUAAAAGUAUAACAAAAGGUGAAUCAAAUGAUGAUUUAAAAAAUCAGGUUACUAGUAGACCACGAAGUAGAACAACAUUAUCAGAAAAAGUAAAUAUUCUUGAAAAUAAUAAUACUGUAAAUAAAAAAAAAUCCAAAUUUUCUUAUGGAAAACAAAUUAUUACGAGUAGAAAACUUCGUGCCUCAUUUAAUAAACCAAAAUUUGUAAAAUGCCGUUCGUUAGAUUCUAGUAAUAUGGUAUCUAUUAAAAAAGGUGACCUCGAUUUUCCAUAA